AUGGCACAACCACCACCUCCCAGACCCGCAGGCUACUUCGAAAAGAAAGGCGAGGUUCACGAGCUGCGGCAACUGCUUCGAGGUGCCUCAGCGGAACGUGAUCAGCAGAAGAAGAGAGAUGCCAUUAAAAAGGUCAUUGCCUAUAUGACCCUGGGCAUUGAUGUGUCACCCCUCUUCAGCGAGAUGGUCAUGGCAAGCGCCACCACGGAUCUGGUGCAGAAGAAGAUGGUGUAUCUGUAUUUGGUGAACUACGCUGAGAGCAAUUCGGAUUUAGCCAUCUUGGCGAUCAACACUCUGCAGAAGGACUGCCGCGACGAUGACCCCAUGAUCCGGGGCUUGGCGCUGCGGUCCCUCUGUUCGUUAAGCUUAGCCAACAUGGUGGAGUAUCUUCAACCUGCGGUGCAACGCGCUCUGGAGGACGUCAAUGGCUACGUUCGGAAGACCGCGGUCAUCGGAGUGGUGAAGAUUUUCUACAUCAAUCCUUCGGUGGUCACCGAGACAGAGUUGCUCCCUUCUCUGAAGCGGUUGGUGAACGACAAUGACGCUCACGUCGUGUCCAACACUAUUUCUGCGUUAGAGGAGGUGCUGGCAGCCGAGGGUGGCUACAUGCCCAGUGAGGAAGUGAUUACUGGCUUGUUGAAUCGCAUCAUGCAUUUCUCUGAGUGGGGCCAGUGUGCCAUCUUGCGGCUCCUGACCAAGUACAGUGUGGCCAACGAAGGAGAGAUGUUUGACAUCAUGAACAUCCUGGAUGAUUUGCUGAAGCAGUCCAGCAGUGCAGUGGUCCUUUCCGUGACCAAGAUCUUUGUGGACUUGACCAGCAAUCGCCCUGACAUCCAACAAGACGUGCUGAUGAGACUCAAGGGGCCACUGCUGACGUUGAUGGCUGCUUCUAGCAUGGAGCUGGCCUACACUGUCUUGGUUCACAUCCAUGCUUUGAUUAGUAGAGGGCCUCGGCAAGUGGAAGUCUUUCAAGCUGACUUCAAGCAGUUUUUCUGCCGCUACAACGAGCCUUCGUACAUCAAGCAGGUGAAGAUUGAUAUUCUCACCAUGCUUGCAGACUUCAAUAGUGCCGAGCAUAUCGUCCUUGAGCUCAGCGAGUACGUUACUGAGGUGGAUGUGGAGAUAGCCCGCAGAGCGAUUCGUGCGAUUGGCACUAUUGCGGUGCACGUGCCCUCUACCUCUGAGAUGAUUGUUAGCUCCUUGUCCAACUUGCUGGAGUUGGAUAUCGAUUAUGUUUGUACAGAAGCCGCUGUGGUCAUGAAGGACCUGGUACGGAAGUAUCCCGAGCAAUUUCAGCAAGCCUCGGGAGCUGUGCAGAAAUGCCUUAAGAUUGUUAGCGAGCCCGAUGGCAAGAGCGCCUUGCUAUGGAUCCUGGGUGAGUAUGGUCUCCUCAUUGAGGAUGCUCCGUACUUGCUUGAACCCAUGAUCGACGGGUUCAUGGAGGAACCCAGCGGGGCAGUGCAACUGGAGAUGCUGACGGCUACCGUGAAGCUCUUCUUUUGCCGACCGCCCGAGGUACAAAAGAUGCUGGGAAGACUUCUGCAGGAGGCCAUCCAGGAAUGUACACACCCUGACGUUCGGGAUAGAGCCCUGCUGUACUACAGGCUAUUGCAGGUGUCGCCUGAAGAGGCCAGAAGAGUGAUCUGUGCACCCAAGGAGGUGGUGGAGGAGUUCCAAGAGGAGAUGGACGCGGACCUGAAAGACCGGGUCUUUGAGGAGUUCAAUUCGUUGAGCACUGUCUACAAACAGCCAGCCUCGAAGUUCAUCCAGGUCUCUGGGAGCCCCUUCGUGGCAACAAAGAUGCCGCCACCUCCUUUGGAGGGCGAGCCUCCUGCCGGCUUUGCCAAGCCACCCCCUGUGAAUGGUGGUGCUGCCUACGCUGUCGACCACCAGGUGCCAAACCCGAGCCCUGCGGAGACGGACCUGCUGGGCGAAAGCGGAGGUGGAGCUGCUGGAGGAGAUCUCUUGGAUGACCUCUUUUCGGGUCCUCCACCCGCAGUGAGCGCCGCGCCGGCGACCACGCCCGCAGCGGAUUUGGCGAACCUGACUGGAUUCUGA